UGAUUUGAAAUGAAUUUUUAAUAAAAGAACUGAAUUAAAUUUCUUCUCCUGGGUGAAUCAGAUGGAGAUCCAGAGAGAAUCCACACCGACGCCUGAGGACGACGACAUGGAGAUCAUCACCAUCUACAUUAACAGAGAAUUCAUGAAGCAGGUCCAGGACUCGCCGGGGAGCGCCAACGUCCGUCUGUCCGAUAGUGUGGACGAGAAGGUUGGGGUCACUAAGUCCACCAUCAGCGUCAUGUCAGAGGAGCUUAAUGUGGCCUCCUCCCUGCUGACCGACUCCGUCCUGGAUGAGGACGAGGUGACCAACGUCCCCCAAAUUAAGGACGAGAAGGUUGGGGACGCUGAGUCCACCAUCAGCAUCAUGUCAAAGGAGCUUAAUGUGGCCUCCUGUCAGCUGACCGACUCCGUCCUGGAUAAGAUCAAGGUGACCAACGUCCCCCAAAAUAAGGACGAGAAGGUCGGGGGUGCUGAGUCCACCAUCAGCAUCAUGUCAAAGGAGCUUAAUGUGGCCUCCUGUCAGCGGACCAACUCUGUCCUGGACGAGAUCAAGGACACUUUUGGUCAAAAGGAGAAGAGUGAGAAAUCCACCAUGACUGACCCGAUACCAGAAAUCGAUCCAACCUGCAGGAAGAUCCUGGUUCAGCCGGUAAAGAAGCUGCCCGCUGAAGCUCCAGCUAAAGAAGCAAUCUGCACUGCAGAAAAGAUGAAGAAGAAGAAGAAGAAGGACCAGAUCCUGGGAUUCUUCAGAAGAUCCUGGCAGACCACGAAGAGGAUCUUCAACAAGAGAUCAAACAUGGAGAUCGUUACCAAGCAGGUCCAGGACUCACUGGGGAGCACCUACGUCCACCUGCCCAAUAGUGUGGAAGAGAAGGUUGGGGUCACUAAGUCCAGCAUCAGCGUCAUGUCAGAGGAGCUUAAUGUGGCCUCCUCCCUGCUGACCGACUCCGUCCUGGAUGAGGACGAGGUGACCAACGUCCCCCAAAUUAAGGACGAGAAGGUUGGGGACGCUGAGUCCACCAUCAGCAUCAUGUCAAAGGAGCUUAAUGUGGCCUCCUGUCAGCGGACCAACUCUGUCCUGGACGAGAUCAAGGACACUUUUGGUCAAAAGGAGAAGAGUGAGAAAUCCACCAUGACUGACCCGAUACCAGAAAUCGAUCCAACCUGCAGGAAGAUCCUGGUUCAGCCGGUAAAGAAGCUGCCCGCUGAAGCUCCAGCUAAAGAAGCAAUCUGCACUGCAGAAAAGAUGAAGAAGAAGAAGAAGAAGGACCAGAUCCUGGGAUUCUUCAGAAGAUCCUGGCAGACCACGAAGAGGAUCUUCAACAAGAGAUCAAACAUGGAGAUCGUUACCAAGCAGGUCCAGGACUCACUGGGGAGCACCUACGUCCACCUGCCCAAUAGUGUGGAAGAGAAGGUUGGGGUCACUAAGUCCACCAUCAGCGUCAUGUCAGAGGAGCUUAAUGUGGCCUCCUCCCCGCUGACCGACUCUGUCCUGGAUGAGGAUGAGGUGACCAACGUCCCCCAAAAUAAGGACGAGAAGGUUGGGGGCGCUGAGUCCACCAUCAGCAUCAUGUCAGAAGAGCUUAAUGUGGCCUCCUGUCAGCUGACCGACUCCGUCCUGGAUAAGAUCGAGGUGACCAACGUCCCUCAAAAUAAGGACCAGAAGGUCAGGGGCCCUGAGUCCACCAUCAGCAUCAUGUCAAAGGAGCUUAAUGUGGCCUCCUGUCAGCAGACCAACUCUGUCCUGGACGAGAUCAAGGAUACUUUUGGUCAAAAGGAGAAGAGUGAGAAAUCCACCAUGACUGACCCGAUACCAGAAAUCGAUCCAACCUGCAGGAAGAUCCUGGUUCAGCCGGUAAAGAAGCUGCCCGCUGAAGCUCCAGCUAAAGAAGCAAUCUGCACCGCAGAAAAGAUGAAGAAAAAGAAGAAGAAGAAGAAGGACCAGAUCCUGGGAUUCUUCAGAAGAUCCUGGCAGACCAUGAAGAGGAUCUGCAACAAGAGAUCAAACAAAGUUUCCCCCCUCUAAUUUCCCCACAAUCCCCCAAAUGAUAUUCCCUCCUCAGCUAUAUAGCACAUUCUCAGACAAUUCUCCAUGUAAGAUCAUUUUGGUGAGGAGCAGAAGAUUCAGAACUUAAACCAGCUUUUUCACCUUCAGGACUUCAGCUUUUAUCGACGUGAAAAUGCCGUUCCCUUUACCAUCCGCCUGGCACUGCUGCGUUCUGCCCCAUGUUGGUCCCUCCAGACCUGGACCGGUCCAUCUUGUUCCCUCUUGCUCCCUCUUGCUUCUUGGCUGAGAGCUUCGUGGUUGAGAGCUCCGGUGUACCGGAAUGUUCUCCGGUGCUCUUAGGGUCGGGGUUGUCUUAAACUUCUCUGUGCAGGAUACGAUCGCUGUUCCACAGACUUGGUUCCAUCUUGGUACCAGAAGUCCUCAUGAUACCAGAGUCUGUGGUUCCUGGUAGAGAUGGGAGGAUCGAUCGGCUAUGUAUCGAAAUCGGCCGAUUUUUUAUCAAAAUAUGCGAUCGGCCGAUAUUUCCUAAAUUCAGCAGAUCCGAUCGUGUGAUAUACAAACAUCAUCUCCAUGUUAAGCUUAACAGCUCAGUGGAUUGAUCCAGACAUUGAGCUACAAAGCUCCAACCAUCGUAUCACCAUUCAACAAACAUCGCACUUUACAACCUAAAAUAACAUAAUUAACGUUGUGCAUCAUACAUACGAUGGAAUUUUGCCGAUUGAAAUAUUUACUUUAAAAAGAUAAUUCAACCCGACCCCAUCUAAGUCAAUUCUAUGAGCACAUUAUAUGAACUCGUGGUUCACUUUGGUAAAUCGUAAGCGGUUCUUGCUUUUGAUGUAGAUGAGAGCAGAAAACGUUACAGAGCCAAUCGGAGGCAAAAGUUUAUUAGUUACUAAGUUGGUUAGUUCAGGAUCAUUUGCAGUGACUGACAGAAAACUUUUAGCUCCACAGACAGAACGACUCUGACUCGGUUACCGCUCUGUGGUAAUAGCGGUUUAAUGAAGCUUUUUAAUGUAAGAGAGUCACACAGAAUGUUCUGUAGUAGCUGGUGUUUAUUUAAAACCACGACAUUAAUUAAUUAAUUAAUUAACACGGAGAGAUAACUGAGAAGAGAAACGCUUCGCAUAAAAUGAAUCGACUCGUGAAUCACUUAUAUCAAUACUGCGAACAGAUCGUCUCUCUUAAAGACACACACACACACACACACACGUGGCAGCAUUUGGCACCGGUUUAUCUUCACUGUUUCCCUAUUUCAAGUUUUUUUCAGACUGAACUGGAUAACAUUAAACCUGCGUGUGUGGUCAGUUAGACUAAUGAAAUAUGUCUCCUGUGGGUGAAAAAAUAAAUUGCUUUAGUUUAAAAAGUAAACCCCCCGUCAACCCCCCCCCCAAUCCGAAUCGGCUAUCGGCCUAUCACCCUCAAAGAAGAUUAGAGAUCGAAAUCGGUGCCAAAAACCCUGAUCGGUACAUCUCUAGUUCCGGGUGCUUCUGAGAACUGUUGGUUGCUCGUGGUGGUGGUGUUGGAUUUCAGAAGGAAUUCUGGGACUUUGUGAGCUGAGCUUGAUCAUCUUAGAUGUUGGGCUCCCCCAGUACCAGGAUUCUGGCUUCAACACCUCAAGUGUUGGAUUUCUGAAGGAAUUCUGGGACUUUGUGAGCUGAGCUUCAUCUUCUUAGAUGUUGGGCUCCUCCAGUACCAGGAUUCUGGCUUCAACACCUCAAGUGUGGGAUUUCUGAAGGAAUUCUGGGACUUUGUAAGCUGAGCUUCAUCUUCUUAGAUGUUGGGCUCCUCCAGUACCAGGAUUCUGGCUUAAACACCUCAAGUGUUGGAUUUCUGAAGGAAUUCUGGGACUUUGUGAGCUGAGCUUGAUCAUCUUAGAUGUUGGGCUCCUCCAGUACCAGGAUUCUGGCUUCAACACCUCAAGUGUUGGAUUUCUGAAGGAAUUCUGGGACUUUGUGAGCUGAGCUUGAUCAUCUUAGAUGUUGGGCUCCUCCAGUACCAGGAUUCUGGCUUCAACACCUCAAGUGUUGGCUUUCUGAAGGAAUUCUGGGACUUUGUGAGCUGAGCUUGAUCAUCUUAGAUGUUGGGCUCCUCCAGUACCAGGAUUCUGGCUUCAACACCUCAAGUGUUGGAUUUCUGAAGGAAUUCUGGCACUUUGUGAGCUGAGCUUGAUCAUCUUAGAUGUUGGGCUCCUCCAGUACCAGGAUUCUGGCUUCAACACCUCAAGUGUUGGCUUUCUGAAGGAAUUCUGGGACUUUGUGAGCUGAGCUUGAUCAUCUUAGAUGUUGGGCUCCUCCAGUACCAGGAUUCUGGCUUCAACACCUCAAGUGUUGGAUUUCUGAAAGAAUUCUGGGACUUUGUGAGCUGAGCUUCAUCUUGAGAGAUGUUGGGCUCCUCCAGUACCAGGAUUCUGGCUUCAACACUUCAAGUGUUGGAUUUCUGAAGGAAUUCUGGGACUUUGUGAGCUGAGCUUGAUCAUCUUAGAUGUUGGGCUCCUCCAGUACCAGGAUUCUGGCUUCAACACCUCAAGUGUUGGAUUUCUGAAGGAAUUCUGGAACUUUGUGAGCUGAGCUUGAUCAUCUUAGAUGUUGGGCUCCUCCAGUACCAGGAUUCUGGCUUCAACACCUCAAGUGUUGGAUUUCUGAAGGAAUUCUGGGACUUUGUGAGCUGAGCUUCAUCUUCUUACAUGUUGGGCUCCUCCAGUACCAGGAUUCUGGCUUCAACACCUCAAGUGUUGGAUUUCUGAAGGAAUUCUGGGACUUUGUGAGCUGAGCUUGAUCAUCUUAGAUGUUGGGCUCCUCCAGUACCAGGAUUCUGGCUUCAACACCUCAAGUGUUGGAUUUCUGAAGGAAUUCUGGGACUUUGUGAGCUGAGCUUGAUCAUCUUAGAUGUUGGGCUCCUCCAGUACCAGGAUUCUGGCUUCAACACCUCGUGUUGGAUUUCUGAAGGAAUUCUGGGACUUUGUGAGCUGAGCUUCAUCUUGAGAGAUGUUGGGCUCCUCCAGUACCAGGAUUCUGGCUUCACCACCCCAUACAGAGCAUCAUCAGUUAUCUCAGCAUCGUCAUAUUCUUGAUGUACCUGCUCAGCAUGUCUUCUACCCUGUGGAACUCUUAGAUCUGGAAAAUUAAAUCAUUUCCUCUUGGGGGCAGAACAGAGCUCCGUAGCAAAUAAAGCCGAAGACGUGACGCCCGCUCCUUACCCAGGUUCUGAAACGAGAUGUGGAUCUAGCUGAGAACGUGAAUAUCUCCGGCCGGCUGCUUCCUUCUCUUCCCUUUCCCUUCUUCUCCAUCAAUAAAGCUGGUGUCAGAUGAA